CGUUCCCACAAGUAACAAACCACGCUCGAUCAUCUCGCGCACCGCAUGGUGAGGAGGUCUCCGCUUCGCGCAGCGAUGGUGGCCGGAAGAGGGACGCUGUGGCUGGCGCUGCUGGUGGUCGCGGUCGUGUCGGCGUCCUCCAGCGGCGAGGCCGCGAGCGGCCAGCCGGCGGCGCCGACAGGGCCGGACACGAACGUGCUGUGCGUGAGCAAGUGCGGGACGUGCCCGACGGUGUGCUCGUCACCCCCGCCGCCGCCCUCGCCGUCGGACGCGGGGGACACCACCACGCCGCCGACGCCGAAGAGCAGCGGCAGCGGCGGGUCCUCGCCGCCGCCGGGACAGAGCAAGGGCGGGCGGCCCAGCAACUACUACUACUUCUUCACCGCCGCGGGGAGCCGGAGCAGCUGCGCCGGGGCGAGCGUCUACGCGCUGGUGUUCCUUGCCUUGGUUUCCGCGGUCGCUAGCUUGCAGUGAGUGAUGUGCGGCUUCCGGGCGGGUGUUCUCCUCCCCGGCGGUCACCGUACAUCCAGCAGCUGUUGCAAGUUCGGCUCGCCUGUGUAUUUCGUCAGCGACUUGGGUUUUUUUCCAGCGAUGUGUACGAGCAGCUUGGUUUCCUUGUGUAGUUUGUGUUUGAUCGUGAUCA